CGCCGCGCCAAAUGAUCAGACCGCCUCGACUCUUCAGGACAACAACACCCCACAGAGAGGCGCUCCACACGCACCAUACUGAGGCCGCUGAGGCUAACCUUCAGACGGCGUGUUUUCACACGAGUUCACUGGACAUAACGGGACACAAAGCGCACGCAUCGAGACGUCUUUUGCACCUUAUUUCGUGACGUUUUUUCUUGGGGAAUCUGGACGACUACCCCAGCCGUCGUGACGCGGCGGCGGUGACGGACGGGCGCGGCGCACUGGCGCACUGGCGCAUUGCACUAAGAGACCCAUAAUAAUAAACAAUUAUUCUUCAUCACUGCUUCUUCAUUGGUCUUCCAUUGAUCCCGAAACACACGGAAUACACUCGGGUGUGAGUGAAUAUGUUGCGGUCAAAGUUUGGAUCGUUUUCACACAUCUGCAACCCCUCCAGUAUGGAUCAUUUACCGGUGAAGAUACAGAUACCAGUUAAAUCAGAGAAGGAGCCCUUCGAGAAGGUCUACCAGGUGGGCUCCGUGCUCGGCAGCGGCGGCUUCGGCACCGUGUACGCCGGUAGCAGGAUCACCGACGGCGCCCCGGUGGCGGUGAAACACGUCGCGAAGGACCGAGUCACAGAAUGGGGAACCCUGAACGGCAGCCUGGUGCCUCUGGAGAUCCUGCUCCUGAAGAAGGUCAGCAGCUCGUCGUUCCGCGGGGUCAUCAAGCUCCUGGACUACUACGAGCGUGCGGACGGGUGGCUGCUGGUGAUGGAGCGACCCGAGCUGGUCAAGGACCUGUUCGACUUCAUCACGGAGAAGGGCGCCCUGGACGAGGACACCGCCCGUGGCUUCUUCCGCCAGGUGCUGGAGGCGGUGCGCCACUGCUACGGCUGCGGGGUGGUGCACCGCGACAUCAAGGACGAGAACCUGCUGGUGGAUCUGCGCACCGGGGAGCUCAAGCUCAUCGACUUCGGCUCGGGCGCGCUCCUCAAGGACACGGUGUACACCGACUUUGACGGCACCCGAGUCUACAGCCCCCCCGAGUGGGUGCGCUUCCAUAGAUACCACGGUCGCUCGGCAACGGUGUGGUCGCUAGGCGUGCUGCUGUUCGACAUGGUGUGCGGGGACAUCCCCUUCGAGCAGGAUGACGAGAUCCUGAGGGGCAAGCUGUGCUUCAGACGGAGGCUGUCUGCCGACUGCCAGCAGCUCAUCAAGUGGUGUCUGGCCCUGAGGCCCUCGGACCGGCCCACCCUGGAGCAGAUCUGCGACCACCCCUGGAUGCGGGCCCCCGGCCCUUCCCCCGAGGCCCCCAUCGGGCCCUCCGGCCCGGUGGACAUCUGCCUGAGGACCCUCGACAAAGACUGUUCCUCCAGCACCAGCUCCAGCAACGAAAGCCUCUGAGCCCCCCCCCCCCC